AUGUCCUUUGUGUCUGAUAAACUUCAUUUUCGAGACGCAGGCACAUCCAAUGCGCUCGCCUCUUCAACACAUACCCACUGCCCCGACUCAAUUUUAUCGAUUUUCAAUUUGGUCGCUGUGCCACCACCCUCUACCUCUCUUACUCCACAAUCCCUAUUCUAUCUCCUCUCGUUCUCCUCUUUUCGGCCGCUUUUCCCUUCAACACCCUUCCGUCGAAUCUAG